ACUCCAAACUCUCCACAGGAAACUCUGAGCCAUAAUGCAAAGGCACCUCAGAGCAGACGGGUGCAUUGCUCAAACCAAGUGGGAUACGGUGCAGCUUUGAUAGUGCGUUAAUUACUCAUGUGAUGUGAUACAGAUGUCUAGGGGCUUCAGCCGAUAGUUUGUCUGACGGUUUCCAAGGGGGCCAGGCAGACAUUUUAGAAGCGCGAUAUAUCAGGACAGGCUUUUAAUCAGCGUAAUCAAAGCACUGACUGUAUUCCAUAAUGGGCACCCCAGCUGUGCCUAUGUUGGUGCUAAUGGCCUGUAUGGUGGCCAGAGGAAUGUGCCAGGUAAACAGAGCUGAAGCAGGGAAGGACUCCCUCCAAGGCUUUCCCGUCCACUCCACCCUCCAGGCUCAGGAAUUCUACAGCACCGUCAGUCCCAGCAUGGGGCCCAGUCUUCACCCAAGGGCCCAAGAGGCUGACGCACAAGCUGUGGGAUCUGGCUCUACAAAUAAAACUGUCAUGAAGACCCUGAUACUUCCAACGUGUGAACAAGAAACGACUAUCAACCACUAUUUUAAGUACAUCAACACCGUGAUUUCUGUUAUAGUGUUUGUGGUCGGCCUGGUCGGCAACACCACCCUUCUGAGGAUUAUUUACCAGCACAAGUGCAUGAGAAAUGGGCCCAAUGCUCUCAUUGCCAGCCUGGCACUGGGUGACCUUAUCUACAUUUUCAUUGCUAUACCCAUCCAUGUAUACAAGCUCCUGGCGUCACACUGGCCGUUUGACGACAACAUUGUCGGCCAGUGUUUGUGUAAGCUUCUGCCCUUCCUGCAGAAAGCCUCUGUGGGCAUCACUGUUCUCAACCUGUGUGCCCUCAGCGUGGACAGGUACAGGGCUGUGGCAUCGUGGAGCAGAGUGCAGGGGGUGGGCAUCCCUCGGUUCACAGUCAUUGAGAUUAUCUCUAUUUGGGUGCUAUCACUCAUCCUGGCAGUGCCGGAGGCUAUUGUCUUUGACAUAGUCCCCUUCCCCUAUGGAAACAAAACCCUGCGCUCCUGCAUGCUUAACCCCAAGACUGACUUCAUGAAGUUCUACACAAAUGCAAAGGACUGGUGGCUGUUUGGCUUCUACUUUUGUGUACCACUGACAUUAACUGCAGUCUUCUACACUCUGAUGGCCUGCGAGAUGCUCAACCACAGGAAAGGCAGCCUUCGGAUAGCUCUCAGUGAGCAUCUCAAACAGAGAAGGGAGGUGGCCAAAGCUGUUUUCUGCCUUGUCCUUAUAUUUGCCCUCUGCUGGUUCCCACUGCACCUCGGCAGGAUCCUUAAAAAAGUGUUUUACUACCCAAAUGAUCCGAUGCGCUGUGAGCUGCUAAAUUUCCUGUUGGUCAUGAAUUACCUUAGUAUCAACCUUGCAACAGUCAACUCCUGCAUAAACCCCAUUAUCCUCUACUUUGUCAGCAAGAAAUUCAAAAACUGCUUCAAGUCAUGUUUGUGCUGCUGGUGCUACUCCGAAAACCAGCAGAGCAGCAUUGGACCCAUGAAUGGCACCAGCAAUCAGUUUAAAAUCCCUGAGCCCAAUAAUCUCCACACUGACCGCGGCACCAGGAAGUACAGCGACUGAUUGUUCGCCUAAGGAGUAUUUUCAAGUGUUUCAGUAGGCCCACCCUAAAAAGUACUUUUUCAGACAAAUAUACAUCCUAAGGACUUCUGAACCAAAUACUUGGAUGUUAAACAUGGAUUAAGACCUGGAGGUAAAAGGAAUAAAAAAUGGAUUUUGAUGUACAGUUCUUUGAACUUUCCACGGCUCUCUCUGGGGUUUCAACAUCCUAAGACAACUCCUGGUGUUCCCACACCUACGGACACUGACUCUGUAGCGUGAGAAGAAGAGGGAGAGCGGGAUGAGGAGGAUUCUUUAACAGGAUGCAGCUGAGAACAAUGACAACAAAUUGCUCUGAGUCAGUGCUUGAGUGUGCUAUUCCUGUAAAGAGCAGCACUUCUGGGAAGGAUGCACAAAGCUACAGGAAGGAAAAGGCAGGCUGUUCACUGUCAGAGUGGAUGAUGGGAGAUGUCCACAGGAGCUCCCUAUUCAUUGAUGAUGGAAAACAGGAAUGUGUGUUACCGACUCGAGCAACAAAUCAGUUUUCCAUCUAACAUGCGAGGGGCUGCACAGUGUGUUUUACUCACACUCAUUAUUCAUUGAGCUACUUUGUGGUAAAAUUACAUAAUGUCGUUUGCUUACAGCUUGACAAAAACUUUUUAUUUAUCCUUAUGGAAAUUUCUGUCAAAUGUCAUCAUGAUCUACAGACCUCCAGACGUCUGGUUAAUAAUCCGGAAUUAAAGAUUUUAUAGCUGAAUGAUGUCCAGUGUCAGAACACGCCAAAAUGCACUGACACAGAAUCAAAUACAGGUUUGUAGGUUUUAGUGUGGAUCAUUUAGGAUACAACUCCGUAUUGUCAUCACAAAUGUCAAGCAAGUGAUAAAUAGCAUUAACACAGGUUUGAUGUCAGCAUUGCCUAAAAAUGGGCAGAAAUGAUCUUUUGUCUAUACUGUGAAUUUUACCACACAUAAUCAACAAUAACUGUGACAUUUAUGUGUGUAUAACCCAUGGAAUAUCUAUAGAGUGUCCACUUUUAUAAAGUGUUUUAUUGUAGUAAUAAGUAUUUUACUCAAACUACAUUACCUGUGUAAUGACAGAGGCUGAGGGGUUUUUGAUGGUGGUGGUAAAUACUCUUAAAGGACAUUUUGGGAAAACACUUGUUACCCUGUAAUAUUUGCUUUCCUGCCAAAUGUUAGAUGAGAAGAUACCACUCAUGUAUUGGUGCAUUAAAUAAGCUCCUGUAAGCAGCCAGUGAGCUUAACUUGUGCAUUUAAUCCAUGUAGAAACUAUGUUCAGCAACAGGUUUUGAAAUUAUUGUUAUUACAGGACAGUUACUACUCUUACUGACACUUUGCUACUUUGACCUUUCACAGGUUGGUUUGUUUGCUGUCUUAGUUUAAUGGAGGAGGACUUAUCAGUUUGAUCUCCCCUCGGUGGUCUGGGACGUGUUAGUGAGGCUCAUUGGCUGGAAAUGUAGAGUGGUUUACCAAAUGAGGAGAAGAGCAACCUCCAGUAACUCCGAACAUGUCUCAUUUAAAUGUUGUCAGCAUGCCAGCGCCAGAGUGAUGUGUAUAUCACAGUUAAACAAGAAAGAGUUACAUAUUUAAGCUACUUUAGUUUUCCUGGCAAUUUGCACAAAGUUACAAUUUUUUUUUUAAACUUUGUACCCUCCUUUCUGGAUGCUUUAUGGGCCACAUGUGUCCCAUAGAAAACAAAUGGGGCAAUUGCGCCAUACUGAGUGGGUCUUCAUUGAUAAGCUGCCUGCUAGUGAUGCGCUGAUUGAUCCUGAAAUAUCGAUACUUCUGAUCCCAGUGUUUCCUGUUCUAGGAUUGAUACACAUGUUAGAAGAUUGAUAUCUAAAAUGAUUAGGCUAAUUUGGGGUGAAUGUAUAUCUCGUCUUCAACAGGGGACACAGUAGACAAUAACUAUGCUAUCCAGGCCAGUCCAAAUAAUACUCGGUUGAUGGGAACUAUUUGUCCUCCCACCUGUCAUAGUCAUAUACAAACUAGUGGUCUGUAAAUACGUGAGACACUACAGAAUAGGAAAGACUUUAUUUGGGGGAUCUCCUGGCAACAGAGCAGAUGUCAUAUGUGGUUGCUGGGUGGAGUAAACAAGUAAAGGGUCCCUAUAUGUAUGUAUGUAGUAUGGAUGUAGUCCCAUCACUAACAGUUCAGUACCUGAGCUGCAGAAAUGGCCCUUCAAGGUAUUUAAGCAGGGUGGCACCAUCUGUCGUUAAUAGUGACAAGCCUGUAUAGACACACCUUAUAGCCCAUCUCCUCUCCUCCAUCAGUCUCUGUUGUCUGGACCCAUCAUUUUUCCCUCCUUCUUUUGGACAAAGGUAUUGGUUUUGGUAUCUCUGAUAACAGCCUGGAUUUUAUUUGGUAUCUGAUCAGAAAGGAAAUAAAUGGUAUCACAGAUCACCACUGCCUGCUUGUUAAGCCAUGUCUCAGUUCUCACUUCUUUAUGAUUUGUGUGAUGUACAAAAUACAAGACGUGUAGAUGUGUAAGUUCUGAAGUUAUCAGCUGGGUUAUGUACUGCACUAGUUCUUGGCUGGGUGCAGUAACGUUCUGACAAGCUAAGCUAAGCUAACAGGCUGCUGGAUGUGGCUUUACAUUUAUUGUACAAUCAUGAGCGUGGUAUCAGUAACAGUUCAGCCACCAAACAACUAUACUGCCAUGUACUAUUUGAUAUGUGAAUACAUGUAAACCUGUGUGUUUGAAUGUGAGUUAGCAUGUGUGUGUGUAUUGUGUGUGAAUAUUUACUUGCACUUCUUUAGUUGGAGUGUUUUGCACACUUAUGUACAGAAGAAUCGGUGAUAUCUGUACAGUAUUAUUUUACCACUAUUCAUUGAGUAUAUACAUAUAAUAAUCUGUAGAAAAUGGAAUUUGUAUGGUUGUCAUCUUUGAUUAACAUGUUAAUAACCUCAUGUUAGUGUUGCUGCUUAUACCAAUAAAUCAGUUUCCAUCUCUACUGUAAGGAACUAGGUUUGUUUCACCAACAUACGAAUAUUGGUUUCUCAAGGAAGUCAAGGGGCCCCUUCUGUUUUUCCUCCUCAUCUAUGAGAAACAGGCAUCUGGGAGUGAUUUGAAGCACACUGUGACCUGCUUGGCAACUGAGCCCUUAGGGUUGUUAAUGUCAGAGGAUGUGAACGACUUAAACGGUGGGAAUUUGAUAGGCUACAUUUGUAUAACUCACUUCUGUGCCAAAAGAAGAUAAUGGGAAAAACGCUUGAGCAUUACUUAUCUAAGAUUUAGUCAUGGCUUUGAUAUGGCAAUUUUAUAUCCAUUCUGCUUAUAAACAAUGUCAUAAUGGUCAUAAAUAUAAGGAUGUUACUAAAAACUGAAUAGUAUUAAUGCAAGCAGCAAUUUAC